CCCUUAGCGCCCCCGCUUGUGCCGCGUCAGCGCGGCCGGGAGGGCGGAGCGGCGGCCCCGAGAUGGCGGCGGCACCGCCCCGGCCCUCCCUCCGCCAGGCCGGCCCUCCCUCCGUCCCGGCAGGAGCCGCGGCGGUGGCAAUGGCGUCGGGGUGCCGGAUCGGGCCGUCCAUCCUCAACAGCGACCUGGCGGCGCUGGGCGCCGAGUGCAGCCGCAUGCUGGACUGCGGGGCCGACUACCUGCACCUGGAUGUAAUGGACGGACACUUCGUCCCGAACAUCACCUUCGGCCACCCCGUCGUGGAGAGCCUGCGCAAGCGGCUGGGCCAGGAGCCCUUCUUCGACAUGCACAUGAUGGUGGCCGCGCCAGAGCAGUGGGUGAAGCCCAUGGCGGUCGCUGGUGCAAACCAGUACACCUUCCAUCUAGAAGCGACGGACAACCCCGGGGCGCUGAUAAAGGACAUUCGGGAGAAUGGCAUGAAGGUUGGCUUGGCCAUCAAGCCUGGCACUACAGUUGAACACUUAGCACCUUGGGCCAAUCAGAUAGACAUGGCUUUGGUGAUGACAGUAGAACCUGGGUUCGGAGGACAGAAAUUUAUGGAAGACAUGAUGCCAAAGGUUCAGUGGCUGAGGACACAGUUUCCCUCCUUGGAUAUAGAAGUGGAUGGAGGAGUUGGGCCUGACACCAUCCAUAAGUGCGCAGAGGCAGGUGCCAAUAUGAUUGUGUCUGGCAGUGCUAUUAUGAAGAGCGCAGACCCAAGGUCUGUGAUCAACCUCCUCAGGAAUGUGUGUUCAGAAGCAGCCCAGAAGCGCAGUCUGGAUCGGUGAGACCUGCCCAAGCUGUGUUCCACAAGGCUCUGGGCAUGCAGGAGAACCUUUUCUUGUGCAUAAGCGAGGGCUGGAUGAACACCAACUACAGAAACUUCUUGCUGCUCAACAGAGGAAUCAUUCCUUCACUGCAAUGAAGCAAGCAGCAGUGGGAAACAUUCUGGCUGUCUUUCAGGGUUGGAAAUGCAAUGGUUUGAACUUGUCUUGAUUUUGUGGAGGCUAAUUUCGUGGCACAACCUCUAUGCUGACUGGAUUGAACUACAGUCAGUUUGUUGCUUGCUAGAAGAGUGUAGCAUUGCCACAAGAAGCUCUCUUGUGGAAGACUCUUAAUCAAACUGCCUUCUGCUGUCUGUAUUUUGUCAUUUGAUCUGUGCAUUCCUACAAAACUUUUCCACUACUGCAUUAAACACCCCUUCCUUGGUGUGUUAAGUUC